AUGACGACGACAACGGCAAAACGUAUCGCACUCGCGCUGUCCAACAUUUUGAUACCCAUCGCGGUACUCGUCUUUGCGACAGGCUUCUUUCCCUACAAACCCUUUCUGUCUGGACUGGCCACUUUUGAAGAGGUAGAAAACGAAGAGCUAGGACUGGGUCUAUUGCAAGGCAAUGACCGACCACAACGGGUUUUCGACAAAGUCAUAUUCAUGACAGUGGACGCGUUAAGGAGUGAUUUUGUGUAUGGCCAUGGAUCGGGCUUCGAGUUUACGCAGAGUCUCAUACGCUCUGGUGCAGCGAUACCCUUCACGGCACAUGCCACUCCACCAACAAUCACCAUGCCGAGAGUCAAGGCCUUGACCACAGGCUCCGUUCCCUCCUUCCUCGAUGUUAUUCUCAACUUCGCAGAGAGUGAUACAAGUUCUUCUUUGGCUACCCAAGACACAUGGCUCGCUCAAGCAAAAGCAAAUCUCGACAACGCCAACCUCAUCUUCUAUGGUGACGAUACAUGGCUGAAGCUCUUUCCUGACUUCUUCGCCCGACAUGAUGGCACCAGUUCUUUUUUCGUCUCCGACUUCACCGAAGUUGACAUCAACGUCACGCGACACGUACCUCGAGAGCUUGAUCAGCCAGACUGGGAUGUCAUGAUUAUGCACUAUCUUGGUCUGGACCAUAUCGGCCACAAAGCUGGUCCUCUCAGCCCAAAUAUGCUUCCAAAGCAGAAAGAGAUGGAUGGUAUCGUGAAGAAGAUAUACGAAGCCAUGGAGCUGAACGACCACCUUGAUGACACUUUGCUCAUUGUGGCUGGCGAUCACGGAAUGAAUUCUGGUGGUAAUCAUGGAGGUUCUGCUCCAGGAGAAACAGAGCCUGCUCUCGUCUUCAUCGCGCCCAAAUUCAUGGACCUAGAAAAUUCGGCGUAUACUGCACCAACCAAUCCUAAAAAGGGUACUGAAUUUGAGUUCUACCGCAAGGUUGCUCAAAAUGAUGUUGUUCCUACUAUAUCUGCCCUUCUAGGACUCCCAAUCCCUCGCAACAAUCUUGGAGUCAUCCUGCCUGAGAUGCUCGGAUUUUGGAAGACAAAAGCCAGUACUUCUGGUAUGAACACUGCGGCCGAGUUGCUUUACCGAAACGCCUUGCAGAUGUUAAAUAUCAUCAAGGCCAAAUUCGGUGAUUCUGAAGCUUGGAGUUACGAUCCGAGGACUUAUGGCUCGGUGCAGAUGGAUUGUCAGGGCCUCGAGGAUGAGCAGAGGUUGAAAUGCCGAUGGUUCUUGAUCAGAGAUGCUCUCUCUCGAAGUCAGCAACCGGGAGAGCUUCUCGCUUCUAUUGUGCAUCUGACGGAGUUUCUCAAUGAUGCGCAGGAUGUGCUGAGUACCACCGCGAGCAGCUACAACGUCGAUCGCUUGAUUACUGGUGCUGCUAUCUCCACCGUUUCUCUCAUCCUGGCUAUCGUCUCCAAAGAGCGCAUUUGGCCACCUACUUCUGCUGGUCUAGGCCUCACUUUGAUUACCGCCCUCUACGGUAUUAUGAUGUUUGCAACCAGCUAUGUCGAAGAAGAGCAACACUUCUGGUACUGGGCUACAGCAGCAUGGAUGGCCUACCUCUAUGCAGCAAAGACGAACGUCACUGGUCUUCGCACGUCGGUCGUCUUUUCGACCUUCGUUCUUCUCGCGCUUCAUCGCCUAUCGACACGCUGGAACCAGACUGGACAGAAACAUGCCGGUGAAUCUGAUGUCGCCCAUACAUUCUUUUCUGAUCAUCACAUCAUCCUCUGGAUGCUCAUUAUUACGACAUAUAUCCACCUGGCGUUCCGCAUCGGUCGUCGAACUUUUGCUGAAAUCUUUGCUCCCGAGUUCGCAACAAUUUCUGCCAUUUCUCUGGUCCUGCCUUCGUUUGUGUUCAAGCUCAACUUCACGCAGGCUGAUGCGCCAGAGUUAGUCGGUGGUCUGGCAGAAAGCAUCAGACAACUUACCUCCGAGUUGGACCUUGUAAUGCAGGCUAGGACUGCCUUUGUGGGACUAGGCAUUUCUGCUCUGGUUGUCAUCACAAUGGUAGCCUUAGGAUAUGGGCGCGAGGAUGAAGUAGUGAGAAAGGGCGCUGGCAAGUUCAGAGAGUCCCGUCUGCCAUCUCGGCUUCAUGACCUUUUGACCCUUUUCCUGCUCACGCAGACUCGCGCCCAAAACAUUCCACUUUUCAUGUUCUUCGAUCUGCAGUCUCAGAAUUUGUUUCACCUGCUCUCACGCCCCACCAAGCCUAUCCGUUCUGGAUCUCAUGCUUACACGAAGCCUCUGCCCAUCCUCCUUACGACUAUCACAAUCCUUCUCCUGGCACACACAUCUUUCUUCGCUCUCGGUAAUUCCAACGCUAUUUCGAGCAUUGAUCUCAGCAACGCAUACAACGGCGUUAGCGGCUACAAUGUCGUUGCCGUUGGAGUCCUCCUCUUCGCAUCGAAUUGGGCCGGCCCAAUCUAUUGGAGCACAUGUGCCGCGGUACUCUUUACUCUGCCAUCUACUGAGCAAGAAGAAGCAGCCUUGGAUCGUCUUGAGCAAGCGGCUGAAAGGGAAAAAGCUUUGGGUAGCAAGAAAUGGAUUUCUGAGGAGAGGGACUUGCUUCACCAGCAAGCUACUGCCGCAUCUUCUGCUUCUACAAAGACGAUAGAGGGCAAGGAUGAUAACGUCUGGCACGAACACAUCAGUACGAUGACGAUCUUCGUGUCUUCGAGCUUGGUGGCUGUCAUGGUCGCCUGCACUGUGUUGAGAACCCAUCUGUUCAUUUGGACAGUGUUUAGUCCGAAGUACCUGUACGCCAUGGCUUGGGCUGUCGCAUGGCACCUUGUUGUCAACAUCGGACUUGGAGGACUCUUGUGGAGUGUUAGAUGA